AUGGACUUAUUCACUAAGAGCAGUCUCCUUAAAACUUUCUAUGGUCGCAUUGUAUUACUUUCUGGCGGAAGCAGCGAGAGUAAAGCCCUUCCAGCUGAUUUCAAGGUCCUGAAGCAGCAUUACAUCCAAGUUGUAAUUUCUCAUCAAGUACCGAUUAAAAUAACUGCUGGCACUAAUGGUCUACAGGUUCUCAACCGCCAACGGACCGAAUUUACAAAGACUCGGAAAUUCCUCAAAACCAAAUGGAAGGCCGAUGUCAAACGCAUGGUGGACGCGGAGAGUGCCCUCUUCAAGUCCAAGGCAGCAUACUUCUCCCGCUGUCAAACGGGUGUAAAGCUGCGAGAGGAGUUGGCUACUGCUCAGUCCCUGCUCAAUGAAAUGCAGGCCAACCUCGUGGGCACGUAUACCUCGGCACCACCGAUAUCCCCGCUGUCCCCAGGCGCGGGGGCCAGCGGACCAGCUGCCAGCGGCGCAGAGGCCGGCUCCUCCAUGGAGAGCGGUUUGGAUGGCACCGCAGCGGUCCAAACCCUGAUGAAUCAGGUGGCCAAACAGAAGGCCAAAGUGGAGCGCUUGGAGAAGCAGCUGGCAGAAAAUGACAAAAAGGUAGGAGGACGGGUUGUUUUACUGCACUUUCUCGCGCUUAGCGCAUUUCCGAUUGGUGCAGCCUUGCGCGACCUUGUCUGCGUGGACCAAACCAAAUUUUCGCAUUAA